GAUUUCCUUUAUUUUGUCUUAGAGGGAAUAUUUGCUAACUUUUUGAGCUAUUUUAUAAUUUUCCUUUUUCAGGGCUAAAACGAAAGAAGUAGGAAAGGAAUUGCGAGACAACCUAGCAAAGCAUGGGAUUUCACUACCAUCUGGAAGGCGUAAAGGAGUGCAAAACACUGUAUUCACUUGCCUUGUUGAGGAGGAAGCAACACAACUCGGCCGUGAUAUGCACUCGCUCGUCCAGCAACACUAUCCUGUUCGACCAUUAAUUGAUAUGGCUGCUCGCAAAUCAAUUAGCCAUCCAGAAGAGCGGCAAAGGGAUCUCAUUGGGGCAAUAAGGAUUCUUGACGAAUUGAACGGAAUGUUCAAUGAGCUUCAAACUCCUUUGGCUACUCGAAUUCAUAAUAACGUACCUAUUCAUAAUGAGCUGGAAGUUGGGAUGAACCACUUUAGUUUGAUCACUCAUACCUUCGGUCCAAUUAAUCAAUCCACAUGGUGUAAUGCAUUUCUAAAUUAUGCUAAAAUGUCACUGGCAAUGUAUCAAAACCGAAUGGAACCAAAUAAUCCACAGUACAACCAAUGA